GUUCAUUUUCCACCUACCUGUUCGUCACCAAGAUGGCGAUCGACAUUUGAGUGCGAAGUUGUUUACAUGAAAUAUUUAGGCUGCUUCCGUCUUCCCUAUCUUUAAUUGUACUUAUCUCUUUGGGUGAGAGUAAAGGGGAAAGAAUAGAUUUAAUGCAGAAUUAUGUCGGACGAGCACAGCCUUAGUAUUUCUGAAGAAGAUGAUGAUGAAACAGUUGGAAACCUAGCAAAGGAGCGCCUAGUUGAGAAAGAAGGAUAUCUUUCAAAAUGGACAAAUUAUAUUCAUGGAUGGCAAGAUAGAUAUGUCGUAUUGCAGCAUGGCAAUAUUGCAUAUUUCAAAAAUAAAGCAGACAGAGAAUUGGGCUGUAGAGGUUCGUUAAGUCUUGGCAAGGCUGUCAUCGAGAUUCACAAAUUUGAUGAAUGUCGUUUUGAUGUCCGUGUCAAUGAUUCUGUAUAUUACCUGCGCACAGCAGAACCUGAUGAACGCCAAUCCUGGAUCGAUAUGUUGGAAGCGUUUAAAGAUUCUGGUUAUGGAUCAGAAACAAAUCUUCGUAAGAAUGCGUCCAUGCUUUCAUUAUCUUCAGUGACAAGUUUAACUCUAUCAUCAACCUCAUCAUCGUCAUUUAAGCAGAAAGGACAUAGUUUACGAGAGAAGUUAAUGGAAAUGGAAACAUUUCGUGAUAUUUUAUGUCGUCAAGUUGAUACCUUGCAGACAUAUUUUGACAGUUGUGCAGCCAGUGAGGGAGAAAGCUCAAUUCAUGAUCAUGCGGACCUUACCAUGAACGAUGACAUGUUUGAAGAUGCUCAUUUAGUGGAUCAUGAUGCUGAUGAUGAAAUGGAUGAACUAUCCUCAACACCAACUCCAUCCAGUUUGAUGAAAAAGCGCUCAAUGUCUGUAGGCAGCUCAACUAAACCUCAAAAUAGGUGUGCCAUUGACUUCAAGGGAGAAGCGAUUACAUUUAAAGCAACUACAGCAGGAAUACUGGCAACCAUGUCACAUUGCAUUGAUCUCUUGACCAAGAAAGAAGAACAUUGGAAGCGAAAAUAUGAAAAGGAGGUUGAAAAACGUAAAAGGAUAGAGGAACAUUACAAGAAAGCUUUAGUCAAUGCUAAGAAGAAGUCAUUUGUCAGUGGUCCAGAUUUUGUUGAAGGACCUCAUAUGAUGUUAAAUGAAGAGGAGUUCUACGAUGCUGUUGAAACUGCCUUAGAUAAACACGAUGAAGAGGAGAUGAGUGAUGAGACUGAUAUUCAUGGAUGUGAAAUGACAACACCUGCAGAAUGCACGGAUAAAUUCCACCCACACUCAAAUGAGGUUGAUGUUCAAGUGAGGGAAAGUUUGAAAGUAAUCCAAGAAGAUGUCGACGAAAAUUGGACAUUGGUAUUUGAGGAUGGAGAGAUGCAGGUACAUCGUCGUGACUACGAGGAAGGUGGAAUCGUCCUAGAUCCUCUCAAGGCUACCCAUGUUGUACAGGGAGUUACAGGUAGAGAAAUGACAUACUAUUUCUUUGAUAAAGACGUGAGAAUGGAUUGGGACACGACACUGGAUGUUUGUAAAGUGAUAGAGAUAUUUUCACCUAGCACAAUGUUGUUCCACCAAGUCUACAAACGUGUGUGGCCUUCCUCACAAAGGGAAACUGUCUUCAUGUCUCACCUUCGCGAAAUCCCCUCAUCGGAUGUCACAUUAGAACGUUUAGAAAAUGAAGUUGGUAAUCCUUGGCUAUCCAUUAACUAUUCUAUCGAUCACCCAGCUGUCCCAGUGAAUAAAUAUGUUCGCGCAACUUGUAAUGUUGCCUUCUUUUGUCAAACGAUGAUUUCUCCGAGGAGUGAAGGGGAAGAACUAACGAGGGAUCAUGUCUCUUGUAAAAUUACCUAUAGUUGCACAGUUAAUCCUGGUGGCUGGGCGCCACCUUCCGUUGUUCGCGCUGUUUCAAAACGAGAAUGUCCCAAGUUUCUUCGCAAGAUUGGCACGUUUUGCCAGACUGUUUUUAAGGAGAAAGAUAUCAUGUUAUAACGCAUUUAACAAGAUCCCUCGUCACGUCUUUUUCCUCGGUCAUGAUAUGAUUUAUUCUUUCGCCUUUUGUGUCUUAUGCCUAUAAGAUUUCUUUUGUUAGCUAGCAAUCUUUGAAAAAGAUCUAAAAUAAUUUUUCUAAUGUAAAAUUCAACGUCACGUUACCAUUCUAUGCGGUAUUCAUUUACAAAUUAUGUACACGAAGGCGAUAAUUUAUUAGUUGAAGAAAUUGCAUUAAAUAUUAUCUAUCCAGUCAA